UGGCUAGUUGUAACGUGGUAUCGUUUCUAUAGUAACCUGAUCUACAUAACCACGAGGCAAAAAGAGUCAAACGUGCGGUGUACUUCAACAAAGAAAACCCACGUAAAUCGUUGCUAUGGUGACGUUUGUUUAACGCUUAUGGAAGGAGUCUCCAGUGCCGGUGCUUUUGUUCAUUCCCUCCUGGAUUUCACGAUCCAAGCAAAACCAAGCAAGCGCCGCAAUAUCUGGAGGAGCUUGGAAUUCUUCAGACUUACUUACGGCUUUUUCCGUAGAUUUGGGGCAAGAAACGGUCGCCAUCAUUUACCGACAAACCGCGCACGACAAUUUCGCCGAUCCGGGUAGUUUUCCGCACGAGCCGCAUGAGCGUGUUCAGGACAGAGGACUUUGCGCUUUCUGGUUUCUCAGUAACACGACAAGCUGCAUGGUUUCGUCUUAUUCGUUUCAAGAAGGAGAGACAAAAAGAAUCUCUCUCUAAUCACUCGAUUAGAGGAACUUGUCUCGUGGAUGUUUCACAACACUAAAUGUGGUUUAAAAAGCAUGACACGUUUUAUUAAUAAAUUAAAAAUAGUAACAUUUGGGGAAACUUCUGUAGAAGAGGAAUUAAAAAAAAAAAAAACAACCCAAAACACUUCAGGACGUGCUUUGCGUUCGGCCGUAUCGCACCAAACUGUACUGGAUUAUCUUCCCGUAUCGAGCACGCCGUGUCAUGUGGUCUGUCGUCCUUGCGUCUGUUAUCGUGAUAUCGUCACUUGUUCUCAAAGACUAGGCGAAAACUGUAUUAUGUGCACACGUCUGCUGUAGAUCUGCUCAUGUUCUUACUCGGGUUUUCCAGACGCCGAGGCCAAAUGACAAAACCGCAAGCAAGCCAAACAGGAAAAGAGGGAUCGAGCAGAGUCGCUCGUAACAUCAACACAAACACAAGCCUCACGAUGUGUUCGUUAUUAUUAUUUAUUUAAAAAAAAAUUUUUUUGCAUUGCGUCCCUCGGGCAUGCUGGAGCAGGUGUGUGUGUGUGUGUGUGUGUGUGUGUGUGCUCAUGAUAUUAGUGGAAUGCAUGAAUCAUUAAUCAAACUGCACAGGAAUAGUAGAUUUUACCUCCGGCCACAAAAUCCUUACUUGACCUAUAUACACACACACACACACACACACACAAACAUGACACAAUGGUACGCUUCCUUGUGCUUUUUAAACAGUGAGAUCACUCUCAUGUUGAUUUUGUGUUAACACGGACCUACGUGUGCACACGGGUUUAGAAUAACAUCUCCCUGAAGAAUAAUGCCAUAAGGUUAUUGACCUCUGAUUGUACACAUACACACACACACACACACACACACACACACACACACGUAAAUCCCCGCAGGGAUGUGAAAAUUCACUUAGGACAUGAUGAUUCAGCUGCUUGUGCUUUUUACAUGCAAUAGAUCAGACCUAAUGUCCACCAGUCACAUGAAUUUCAGGAAAUGAUUUCGAAUGAAGCCAUAAAUAAGACCUGGACCAAUCAGAAUCCGGUGGAACUUGGCGUCCUGGUUCAUUUUCCACUGGUCUCGGCUUCAGAUACUCCACCCACAGCCCACAAAUCAUCUGAUACUCGGGGCCUGUUUACACCGGGUCGCUUCACGCGCUUGCUCUGAUCGGAUACCGAUCUGAUUUGUUAAAACACUUGGCCGGACCUUCGAUCAUCUUUGUGUCAGCCUGCAAAGCGAUUUAAUGAGGAGGCACACUCCUCUCCCUCAGGUUAUACCGGUCGAUAAGUUGUUUUCGCUUCUGGCGUGGCUAAAGCGCGUGACGAACUUCCGUUUGGGAGGAGAAAAGCGCUGACGAUCGCGUUCAGACCUGCAUGUUAUUCGCACGUGCAUGCGCCGUUAGACGGGAAAGUCUGUGGUCGGUUGUUUGCAGUGUCACUCAAACGGCCUCUUCUUCCAAGUAGUUAAUACCCAUCAAAGCGGGUAGGGUUUUAAACUUCGUCUAAAAACAGUCAAACCUUAUGACCUACCGAGUUGCAACUAUCUUUCGACACGGGUAUCUGAGGCGUAGUGGUCAAACACGCUCACCUCACCCGCGAAAGGUCCCCGAAACCAGCCGCAAACGUGUGGUUACUUGUAGAGAAGUAGUGGCUCAGUGGUUUCUGAUCUGAAAGUUGGGAUUCAACCUCAGUAUUGCCAAACUUUCACCAUUGGGCCCCUGAGCAAGACCCUUGACCCUUUCGGCUCCCGGGGCACCAUAUCAUGGCUGGCUCAGUGGAUAAAAACAUUGGACUACCAAUCAGAAGGUCGUGAUCCUACAAAUCCGUGUAGUUUAAAAAAAAAAAAAAUGUUGAAAAAAGAAAAACGCGGCAAAAAAAAUUUCGACCGGAACAAUCGCAAAAAAAAGCUCCUGUGAAAUUCCGUACGGCCUGAUGAUACUACCGGACCUUCACAAUCCUUCAUUUAUCAGCACUGGGGGAACAGCGGUGAAUGGACUUUACGCUGACGCACACACAGGUAAACCAUCAUGAUUCCCGUAACCGAGUUGCGUUAUUUUGCCGAGACACAGCCGGCGUACCGGAUCCUGAAGCCAUGGUGGGACGUUUUCACCGACUACAUUUCCAUCGUCAUGCUGAUGAUCGCCGUGUUCGGGGGCACACUGCAGGUGACCCAGGACAAGAUGAUCUGCCUGCCAUGCAAGUGGGUGGUAGAUGGACGCUGCGAGCCACUAAACACCAGCAGCGCCGUCCCUCGGCCCGAGCCGCGCGGCAUCCAGUACGAGCUGGACCGGCACCAGUACAACUACGUGGACGCCGUGUGCUACGAGCACAAACUGCACUGGUUCGCCAAGUACUUCCCGUACCUGGUGCUGCUUCACACGCUGGUGUUACUGGCAUGCAGCAACUUUUGGUUCAAGUUCCCGCGCACCAGCUCUAAGCUCGAGCAUUUCGUCUCCAUCCUGCUCAAGUGCUUCGACUCGCCGUGGACCACGCGCGCCUUAUCCGAGACCGUGGCCGAAGAAAACGACCCCAAGGCGGCGGGCAAAAACGACGAUCUGAACGACGCGAACGAGAAGAAGAAGGCGUCGAGCGUGAGCGAUCAGGACGUGGAGGCCAGCAUACCCAUGCUGCAGCGCACCAAGUCGCGCAUCGAACAAGGCAUCGUCGAUCGCUCGGAGACCGGAGUACUGGACAAGAAAGAAGGAGAGCAGGCCAAGGCACUUUUUGAGAAGGUAAAGAAGUUCCGCAUCCACGUGGAGGAGGGUGACAUCGUCUACCGCCUCUACAUCCGCCAGACCAUCAUCAAAGUCAUCAAGUUCGUUCUGAUCAUCAGCUACACGGCGUACUACGUGCAGUUCAUCACGUUCGACAUCAAGUGCAAAGUAGACAUCGAAAGGCUCACGGGCUACCGGAUGUACUACUGCGCACACCCACUGGCCACCCUGUUCAAGAUCCUGGCCUGGUUCUACAUCUCGCUGGUCAUCAUCUACGGCCUGAUCUGCAUGUACACGCUGUGCUGGAUGCUGGGCCGCUCGCUCAAGCUCUACUCGUUCGAGUCGAUCCGCGAGGAGAGCAGUUACAGCGACAUCCCCGACGUCAAGAACGACUUCGCCUUCAUGCUGCACAUGAUCGACCAGUACGACCCGCUGUACUCGAAGCGCUUCGCCGUCUUUCUGUCCGAGGUGAGCGAGAACAAGCUGCGCCAGCUCAACCUCAACAACGAGUGGACGCUGGAGAAGCUUCGGCAGAGGAUCACCAAGAAUUCACAAGACAAGCUGGAGCUGCAUCUGUUCAUGCUCAGCGGCAUUCCAGACACCGUGUUCGACCUGCUAGAGCUUGAGGUGCUGAAAUUGGAGCUGAUCCCAGACGUCACCAUUCCACCCAUCAUCGCCCAGCUGGCCAGUCUGAGGGAGCUGUGGCUGUACCAUACACCAGCCAAGAUCGAGGCUCCUGCUCUGGCCUUUCUACGCGAGAACCUCAAAUCGCUGCACAUCAAGUUCACGGACAUCAAGGAGAUUCCGCUAUGGAUCUACAGCCUGAAGAACCUGAGCGAGCUCCACCUCACUGGCAACCUGAGCGCCGAAAAUAACCGUUACAUCGUGAUCGACGGUCUCCGGGAGCUCAAGAGGCUCAAGGUGCUACGGCUGAAGAGCAACCUCACCAAGCUGCCUCAAGUGGUGACAGAUGUGGGCGUGCAUCUGCAGAAGCUCUCCAUCAAUAACGAGGGCACCAAGCUGAUGGUGCUCAACAGUCUGAAAAAGAUGGUGAACCUGACCGAGCUGGAGCUGGUGCGUUGCGACCUGGAGCGCAUCCCCCAUUCCAUUUUCAGCCUCCACAACCUACAGGAGAUCGACCUGAAGGACAACAAUCUAAAGACAAUCGAGGAGAUCAUCAGCUUCCAGCACCUGCACCGGCUGGUGUGUCUGAAGCUCUGGUACAAUCAGAUCGCCUACAUCCCCAUCCAGAUCGGCACGCUCACCAACCUCGAGCGACUCUACCUGAACCGCAACAAGAUCGACAAGAUCCCCAGCCAGCUGUUCUUCUGCCGCAAGCUACGCUUCCUCGACCUGAGCUACAACAACCUGAACGGUAUCCACCCCGACAUCGGACUGCUGCAGAACCUGCAGUACUUCGCUGUUACUGCAAACAGGAUCGAGACAUUACCGCCUGAGCUGUUCCAGUGCAAGAAGCUUCGGACGCUGAACCUGGGGAACAACUGCCUGACCGCACUGCCAUCGCGUUUCGGAGAGCUCACGUCUCUGACCCAGCUGGAGCUGCGCGGUAAUCGGCUAGAAGGCCUGCCGGUGGAGCUGGGCGAGUGCCGCAUGCUGAAACGCUCGGGCCUGGUGGUGGAGGAAGAGCUCUUCAAAACACUUUCUCAAGAAGUCAAGGAGCAGCUGUGGAGAGCUGACAAGGAGCAAGUCUGAGACUGAAAGACAAGGGAUGAGAAGAGAGCGAGAAUGGAGGCUGCAAGAAACUCUCUUAUUUUAAUGUUGUUUUUUUAGUGGUUUUUUUUUUUUUAUAUAUAUAUUUAGUGGAAUACAAGGUUGAUCCUUGCAUAAAGCCAAGAAGAGAGGAAUGAGGAAGUGGAAUUAUGGAAUGAAAGUGGGACAGGACUAGUCCUGUACACACACACACACACACACACACACACACACACACACACAGGCCAGUACAUGCAAACUAUAAGCUAAGCUGCAUGCAAACUCCGUGCUAAAUCACAUAAAGACUUAAAGCUUGAUGGAAAGGAGACACACACAGAUGCAAAACCAAAUGACUCAAACACACUCCGCCCCCAAACGUAAUGAAGGACUUUUGUUUAUAUACGUGCUCGAGACGCAGUCGAGCGGUCACCAAAAACGAAAAGGAGGGACGAUGUAGUGUUCUAACGUCAGCGUCUCUGUUGUCAAGACAACUGUCCCGCACUAUCAUUGCCUUAACUCCUUAGAACAAGGAUCUAUCUGAGGAUUUUAUUUUGCCAAAAAAAAUAAAGUGGACAAAUGCAAACUGAAGUGUUUGUAUGAGACGGUUAUGUGCAUUAAUGUUUUGUUUGAGCAUUAACAGUUAUUUUAUUUUUGUUUAAACAGUCUUUAUUAUGUCCCUAGGAUUAUGCUAAUAAAUGAUUCUAGACACGA